AUGAUCGGAACUACCGUACCCAUCACCGACGGUGCAGCAGCAAACGAGGACCGGCCUCUCAAGAUCUUGAUCGCUGGAGGCGGUAUUGGUGGAUGUUCCGCAGCAAUAUUCUUACGGCACGCUGGACAUACAGUUGAGAUUUUCGAAUCAAGUAGAUUCGCAUCUGAGACUGGAGCAGCUAUCCACAUCCCCAGCAAUGCCAACGGAUUGCUACGGAGAAUGGGCAUGAUCCCAGAAGAACAUGGAGCCAAUCAAUGCGAAUGGGUAUCCGAGACUCGACCAAACGGGGAGCAAAUAUUCUUGCAAGAUGUUCGAAUGCUGUCCAAAGUCUUCCCUAACCCCUGGCAACUGAUCCACCGAGUUGAUCUCCACAACUCUCUCAAGGAAAUCGCUACAUCUGCCAAGGGGAAAGGAAAGCCCGCAGUCCUGCACCUGAGAAGUCGGGUGGUGAAAGUUGACCCAGAAGCUCCGUCUCUGACCUUGGAGGAUGGAACGACGCACACGGGAGAUCUCAUCAUCGCAGCCGAUGGCAUCCACUCCAGGAUCAGAGGCGCUCUCAUCAAAGACCUCCCUCCGCCUGAGCCAUCAGGAUCGAGUGCUUUCCGAUUUCUUAUUCCCGCCGAUGAGAUUCGCGCAGAUCCGAAGACGGCACACUUCGUCGAGCGUACGGGCGAGCUUAUGUUGCUGUAUGGUGCAGACAGGCGGAUCGUGGUGUACCCAUGCAAGCAGAACACGUACUUGAACUUCGUUGCCAUGCAUCCGGAUGAGGAGUCGGAAGCGAAUAGAGAUGACUGGGACCAGCAGGCGUCCAAAGAAACCAUGUUGAGAUGCUUCGAUUCAUAUCCGGAAGACGUCAAGGCCCUGCUUGCAAAGGCUGAUCCCAAAGGGAUCAAUCUCUGGAAGCUGUUGGAUCACGACGAGUUGGGGAAGGAGAACUGGGUGCACGGGAAGAUUGCUCUGAUGGGUGAUGCGGCACACGCAUUCUUGCCUCACCAGGGUCAAGGCGGCGCGCAAGCGAUCGAGGACGCAGCAGCGCUCGGUGCAUUGUUGCCAUUAGGCACUCAGGUGUCAGACAUCCCCAAGAGACUCGAGCUCUACGUGCAAGCACGAUACAACCGAGCCACAAUGAUCCAAGAUUUCAGCCGCCAGGCAGCAUUCAAGACCCCCCGAGGCAAACACGGCGGCAAAGUCAUGGACCAUCUGCAGUUCACGGAAAACAACUUCAGACACGACGCCUUCGAGCACGCCCGCGACAUUCUGCUUCGCGAGCAGGUCAAGCCGGCCAGACAGCGCUACAUGCCGCUCUCCUUUGGACCAGCGCCUAGAAGGACUCAUGAUUUGGAUAUUAUUGUUUAG